CAAUCAAAUCUAAGUUUUCACAUUUCAAAAUUUAUUUGUUCAUAAUGGUUCGUUCCAAACAGAAGGCUAGGAUGAUGUCCACAGGAGCUAGGCUCCCUCCGCGGAUUACCAAUAUGAUGAGAGUAACACCCUGUAACCGUAGCAUUAAGAAGCCGUAUAGGUACAGGCCAGGAACUGUGGCGCUAAGAGAGAUCAGAAUGUAUCAGAAGAACACAUAUCCACUGAUCCCAAAACUUCCAUUCCAAAGAUUGGUGAAAGAAAUAGGCCAAAGUUUGGAGGCAGACUUACGUUUCCAGAGCAGCGCUAUUGAUGCUCUCCAAGAAGCAGCUGAAGCUUUUCUCGUUGAGUUCUUUCAUGACGCCAAUUUGUUUGCCAUACAUGCCAAGCGAGUGACUAUCAUGCGUAAAGACAUCAUGCUUGCUAAAAGGCUUCGAGGUGAUAAACUUUGAAGUCAUGAUAUGUAUUGUUUAAGAUUUGGGGAUUAAUAUUCCCGUUUGAAUGUACCUUUCUUCUUAUUUGAAAUAAAUAAACUUUGC